AUGGCAUUUCAGGCUGGUGAGCAAGUUCUUCUAAAAGUGUCACCCAUAAAGGGGGUGAUAAGAUUCGGUAAGAAGGGAAAGCUUAGUCCUCGGUACAUUAGUCCAUUUAAGAUUCUUGACUGUGUAGGGCCAGUGGCUUAUAGAUUGGCCUUACCUCCUAGCUUAUCUGGAGUUCAUGUGUCCAUAUUGAAGAAGUAUCAUGGGGAUGGAUAUUACAUUAUAAAGUGGGACUCUAUUUUAUUAGACAAUGACCUUCAGUAUAAGGAGGAACCAAUUGCAAUUCUUGAUCAUGAUGUUUGGAAGGGAGCCCGUGCAACUUUACGUAAUCAAGUUCGAGCAAGUAGAACUCCUGAAACUGAUCCUGGCAUGAAAAG